AUGUAUAUUGAGUGCAGAAUGGCUCAAGCCGAAUUGAUAACCCAUUCUUCGAGUGCAUUUAGUUCUUUCAAUAGGCCCAAUGGAACAAUUUACUCGGGCCUUUGUACAAGUAAAAUCCAUGUUGAUUCAGCCACAAACGUACUGAGAAGUCUUACACGAAACCUCGUGAAUACGUACAAACGAUGUGGCUUGAAAGUCCCAGAAACUAACGGAAAAAAAUCGCGACAGAAUUCCAAAACCGCUGGGAACAGUAACAGCGAAGGGGAUUAUAAAGUGGUUCUUCAUGAAGAGCUCAGCUCCGCAACGUCGCGGUACGAGGUUCUCGAAUUUCUCGGUCGUGGGACAUUCGGACAAGUGGUGAAAUGUUGGAAAAAAGGAACGAACGAGCUUUACGCCAUAAAAAUAUUAAAAGAUCAUCCCUCCUAUGCGCGUCAGGGACAAAUCGAGAUCGGCAUUUUAGCGAAACUGAGCGCUGAAAACUCGGAUGCUUUUAAUUUUGUUCGUGCGAUCGAAUGCUUUCAGCACAAGAAUCACACAUGCUUGGUAUUCGAGAUGUUGCAACAAAAUCUUUACGAUUACCUCAAGCAAUCGAAGUUUAAUCCUUUGCCUUUGAGACACAUUCGACCGAUAGUUCAGCAAGUGCUCGUGGCUUUGUCAAAGUUAAAAUCCCUUGGACUUAUUCACGCCGAUCUUAAACCCGAAAAUAUUAUGUUGGUUGAUCCCGAAAAACAGCCUUUUCGAGUGAAAGUGAUUGACUUUGGCUCAGCUACCCAAGUAUCCAAGGCAGUUUGCUCAUCGUAUUUGCAAAGUAGAUACUACAGGUAAGUUGUAAACUGAUUGGAAUUUUUGAUUUUACUUGCGCGAGAAAGCAGAACUGAGGAUUAUUUUACUUUUCAGAGAUUGCAAAAUAUUUCACCCUUGAAUAACAUCAAGAAACUAAUUGCUUUUUCGUGCAUGUAGUUUUUGCAGAUUACCGUGAAUACUUUCAUUACGCGGUUUCUUUUGAUUUAAAUUUUUGUAAUAAACAAAAGUUUAGACGUGAUGUUUUUCUUGUUGAUCAGUAUUAGACCUUGCAUGCAUAUGAGUCAGAUCAUAUUUGUAGUGACCAUAGCAGCUAAAGAAAUUUCUACUAAAAAGCACAGAACGAAAUUUCAAUAUUAUUCUAAAUAUUACUAGUUUUUUUUAAGGGGGGAGGUGGGUUCCUUCAGUUUCCUGUAACAAAGGCAAAAAUUAAGCAAUGGUUUUAAGUUUUUAAAUCUGUAAAAAUGAACUGUGAGGUGCAUUUCCCAAGAGAUAAGGGAAGAUUUGAAGGAAGGUAAGUGAAAUUUUUUUUUAUAAAUUUUGCCAAAACAGGUGAAAGUAUCGCACACAUUGUUCACACAAAGAUGACACAUUUGGUCAUUUACCACACUUUGCACCAAAGAUAAUAACAAUAAUUUAGAAGCUUCUUAUAGGCAUAAAUUAUCCAGAAAUUCAAACAAUGCCUGCAACAUCAUUUGAAUAGGAAAAAGAGACAUUAAAAAUGUUGUUCUUGAACUUGGGAAAAUAUUGGUGUUCUCUUACAAGAGAGUCACCCCAAGGAUUGAAGCUGGCUACAGAUUGCCUAGAGGGUUGAAAGCUUAAGGGCUGUUUUAAAAAAUUUAAGUUAAGACAUUGUAUUGCUUACAGAAAAAAAAAUUUUAUUUUAAUCAAGAAGGUAAAGAUUCUGACCUUUUCCUCUGUAAAAUUCUGUUUUGGACUGCUGGCCUCUGCAAAAAUCAAUCUUUGUUAUUUCUAUGAGAUUCAUUGGGUUGGGGCAUUGUGUAGUAAGUUGGACACUUAAUAUCAAUAUUUUUAAAUGCGUUAGCCAAGAUAGGAAAAAAAGUUUAACCCAGACUUGAAUUAGUAUCGUCUAAACAUAGACAAGUUGAGAAUAGGUGUGGGAAAGAUUGCUGUAGAUUUUUAUCUUGAUGUGUUUGUCCAUGCAGAUUUAUCAAUGCUUUUAUUUUUUAUUAAAAGCAAAUUCUCUCUAGGGAAGAGACCAUAAUUGUGAUGGUGUUUGAAACUCAUAAAGGGAUACCUUAGCAAAUGAAGCUGUUUCACAGUUUUAUUGUUGAACCAAUCAAGACCAAGGUGUAAUAGAUUAGAAAUGGAGUGGGCAAUCCAAUCAGAUGUAUAUUUGCAACAUAUUAGUCAUGCAUAAUUUUGACCAAGGUGUUUUUUUAUGCUUACCUAGUACUUUUAUGAUGUGAGAGAAAUCAUUUAGUUGACAAAGGUGUAUUCAAUAAUCAAGCUUGUGAGAAAGACUUCUUGGAUAGUCAUUAUUCAGUUCACUACCGAAGCUGUUAGUAAGAGUCUAAUUUUAUAAUUGGCAGAUUUAGAUCAUGAAAUUCUGAUUUUCAAACAAUGUGGAGUAAAAUUUAAACUAAGAGGCUCACAGAGAGAUUGAGCUCAACUUUUUGUCAGCUGCUAAAACAGGAGUUUCUUAGCUUCAACACUGCAGAUGCUCUCUCUUAGUGUUCUUGGCCAAGUUUUGUGCUAUACAUGCACGAGAAAUUGAUCUGUUUGUUGCCUUUUUUCUUAUUCCAAGAAAACAUGUUUUUUGUGAUUUGUGGUUUGCCAUGUUUUUCCACCAUCAAUCAUGCCUUGGUCACCCAUUCCCCCAUACUUUCUUGAACCAAAAAACAACAAAGAAACACAACUAGCUACGGAUGCAAAGGAAUUUUUCACACUUGACAUUUUUACCUCUUUAGGUUACAGAAUAGCACGAUAUUAUAUCUCUCAUGACUUUUAGAUGUAACUGAUGUUUGUAAGAUCUAACCAUGGGCUUAUUUACUUGCAAAGCACAAUCUAGUUUCUGAUAAUGUUCAGAUUUAAAUCUGUCAGCUUCAAAACUAUCUGACACCUGGUACAAAUCAAGUGGUAGUUUUACAAACAAAUCUUUAAGGGUGAUCAAUGCAGCUGGUGUAUGUUUCUAAAAUUAUUUGUGAGGUACAUUGUUGCCUUUUAUUCAAGCCAACCACUUUUCAUGUACAAAUGUUGUUGUUUUUUUUUUUUUAUUUCUCAAAUGUGUUGACUACCAGAAAUUUUUUGGAGAUGGUUUGAUUAAUUUCAAGAUUAAAUUGGUUUUAAAAUAUAGUGUAAGGCAGAGUUGUUGAAUGUUUUCUGAUUAGUCUGGCAAUGACAGAUAAAAGGCGAUGUUUGGUACCAGGGGUUACAAAUGAGAGCGCUUUGAACCAUUUUUACAGAUCUACGUGAUAUAAAUGUGAUCACAUCUGUAUAUUAACCCUUACAAUUUCUCCUUACAAUAUCAACACAAUAUCGAGCUGACAAGUGAUGCGAAUAAAGAAAAAUAACAAUCAGAGGAUUAGUAGUUGAUCCAACAUCAAAUUCUCCAAAGUAGCAUCAUACAAAUUGCACAGCAGACAUUAAGGAGAAUUACUACUGAGAUCUUGAGAGUGAAAAGGUCAAACAAGAAGUGAGGAUUGAUGUAAUCCAUUCUUUCAUCAGAGCACCAGAGGUCAUUCUUGGUUUGCCAUUUGGGGAAGCCAUCGAUACCUGGUCACUGGGAUGCGUAAUAGCUGAGUUGUUUCUUGGUUGGCCACUGUAUCCAGGCUCUUCAGAGUAUGAUCAGGUAAGUUACCAUCAGAUAUAAAAUAUCGGGGGGGGGGUUGGGUUGGGGAGGGACUUAAACAAUGUUAUGGGAAUUCAGGCUGAUAAGAAACUUUUUCUUCCUUAGGAAUUGUUGCUUCAAGUUAGUAAAUAACCCGGAAUAUUUUUAUACAGCAAUGCUAUCUAUCCUAAAUGGUAACAGCAAGAGUAAACUAGCCACUUCUGACUGUGAUGUUUCCCUUGCCUGCAGACACUGCACAACAGUUUCUUUACAAGCUCAUGCUUUACUUAAUUAUGAUUUUGUUUAACUUUCCAGAUCCGCUACAUUUCACAGACCCAAGGUUUACCAAGUGAUCAUCUCUUAACAAAUGGCUCCAAAAGUUUAAAGUUUUUCAAGAAAGCUGUGAACACAACAACAGGAUUGUUAGAAUGGAAGAUGAAGGUGAGAUGUUUAUUAGUGACACAACUGAUUUAGCACAGUUGUUCCCAGUGAAUUUGUAAUUUCUAGGGUAAUAAUAAAUCCUGUUACCAGCUCUUGUUUCUGUGUUUACAAUUGCAAGGGGACAAAAUGCAAAGAGCACAAAUAUUUCUGUUCAGGAGUUAAUUUAACAAAAAUUAAAAAUCUACCUUGAACUAUUGCUGUUUUAAUUCUUUUAAAAAUUAAUUCCAUUAUUUGUGAUUUUUUUUUGUUUUUAGUUAUUUUUCCCUCCAGCUUUUACCUUUUCCAUGAACAUUUUUUGUUAUUACUUGCCAUUUCUUUCAUUUUCGAAGUUGCAGUGGUCUUCACUUUUUUUGUACCUCCCUUUUCUUUCUUUGUGUGAUCUUUGUGUAAUAUUAACAAUCCUGUCCAUGGUUCCCUGUUAAUGGCAAUAAGAUUCUUUUGCAUAAUUUCAGUGAGAGGCAUCGACCAGCAAAAUUUGCCUUCUUGGUGAAGCAAAAUUGCUGCCUAUUUCCUCUGAAAUUAGCAACCUUAGGAUAAGGAUCGAACUUGCAUAAGCUGCCUACUUUGCAGUUUUUGUUUUAAAUCUCAUUGGAACUGCUGCAAUUAGUACAUUGGUGAAUUUUAACAGUAAUUGUUCUUAACAGAAUGCUGGUGAACAUGAAAGGGAAACCAAAAUCAAGUCACAAGAAGCUAGGAAAUACAUUUUCAAUUGUUUGGAUGAAAUAGCACAAGUCAACCUGGCCAGCAGUCUGGUGGGGAAUGAACGUGUCGCUGAAAAGAUUGACAGGUACUGAAGACUGUUCAGUUAAUUCAAGACUGCUGAAUUAAUUUUUAAUGUACAUAAUCUUUUGAUGUACGUAGUCUGAUCAUUACAAUUCAAAACCUUUAACUCAAGUAAAAAACCUAAGAGAUUUUUUAUCCCUUUUUGAAAAAUUACUUUAACAUUCCAAAAUUCUAUGCUGGAAUUUUCAUGACUCUUGCUGGAAAAUGCUUCACUUGCAAAAAAUUUUGAACAAUUUAUAGCUUCAUUAUGGUUAUCAAUCAGGUACUUUGAGAACUGCAUUUAAAAAAUGGAAAUGGAAGAUAAAAUCUUAAUUUAAUUUACAUCUAAUUACACAGCAUUCCAAGGCCUUGCAGUUCAUGGUAAUUCUUAUCGACUGUUAUUUUUUUUAAUCAAAGCCGUUCAUUGUUUCUUUUUUAAAGGUAUGAAUUUACAGAUUUGCUGAAGAGAACUCUGAUUAUUGAUCCAGACAAGAGGAUUACUCCAGAUGAAGCUCUCAGACAUCCAUUCAUUACACUGGCUCGCUUGGUUGACUUUGCUCACUGCAAUACGUAAGUAGAAAUAUGAGUAGUGCAUUGUUUGAUCAAUAAAAGCAGUCUCCUGCUCUGUUUCUGAGAUACAGAGAGAUCAUCAUUUAAAAUUGGGGGCUUACACUGGUAAGUCUUAGUGUCUACUUACCACUGAAGUUAGUAUUCUUUUCUGAUAAUGGUAACUGUUUUGUGGCUUCAGGUUUAACAUGGCUGUGAAGAGCAUGCAAGUUUGCAGAUUUAACAGAGGAAUUGCUGAACAAACUUCAUCACUGCCAUCAAGUUCUUUGUUUGGUAUUCCACGAGCUUCUACAAGUUCAUAUGUCCAUCUUCCAGUGGUGCGAAGUGAAAGCAUGUUAAACCAAGAACACAUCAGUGGACUUCCACAGCCCACAGUAGAUCAGUUUGCACCACAGGCUGGAGUACCUGUGGCUCCUCUUCAAGCUGUGGUAAGAUUGACCAAAUUUUGUUUGUAAUUUGUGACUGUUUAAACUACACAUGUUUUUGUUUCCAGAGCCUGUGAUCUAUGUCUUCAUUAAUGACUUUACUCUCAGUAUAUGUAUAUAUUAAAUUAUAUAUAUAUAUAUCAGUUAGAGAAUUAAAGAGGAAACAUAGAUUCAAUGAGAAUCAAUGCGUCCUCUUUAAUUCUCUAACUUAUGUAUACUUAGCUCUGCUAAUUUAUUCAUUUAUAUAUAUAUAUAUAUAUAUAUAUAUAUUAAAGCAAAGUGUGCUUAGUACUUUACUGCUUUGUCUAGCAGCAUUUUAGAAAGAUGUAACUAGCAAAACUAUCACUUCAAAUUUGUCAAAACAGCUAAAAACCCCUUUCUUUUAAUUAUUCACUUCAGCAGCCAAACCUUCAGACAACUGCAUCGGACUUCAUUGGGUCUCACUACAUUCCCCAGCAUGCUGUCCUCUGUCAGCCAGACAACUCGUCACCUCAGAAACAUCUGUUUCCUUCUCAAGCAGCUCCACAGCAGGUAUGGUAUUUACUCAUCCACAGUUUGCAAAGUUUACAGGCUAGACUUGUCCAAAUUCUUUCCAAUGUUUGAAUUUGGUCGCAAGUGUUACAGUCUUAGUUCUUACUGUUUCUAUCUGAUCUUUUUCUAGCCCAGACCAGUUGUUGUAUCAAUGGCCAUUCCUCAAGCAACUCUCACGUUGCCAGCCUCGUCUGGACUUUAUGCUAAAGUGAGUUUUACUUAAAUUGUACCCAACACAUAAAGCAAAACCUUCAGUGUAACAAAAUUUAACCCUUUCAUUCCCAAGAGUGUCAUAGACAUAAUUUCUCAUUGCAAUAUCAAUACAAUAUUAAGCAGCCAACUGAUAAGAAUGAUGAAAAAUAUUAACGGGGGGAUUAUCCUUUGAUCCAACACCAAAUUCGAGUGAAAUUGCUCACUGACCAUGUGAUCAGAUCGUCUGGAUGAGAAAAGUCCUAACAGAAUGUAGUCGAUCAGAUUGACGGGAAUUUUUGUCUGUUAUGCGUUGGAAGUCUGGUUCAUGAAAACUGAUUCAUCAUUUUUUCCGUGAUUUCAUUUAAAAAUUCGAUUGACAUACAACUCUUUACUUGCCUCUGAUAAUGACUUCCUCCCUAGCUGUGGAAAUAUAACUGUUCUUUUCAGAAGUACUCUCACCUAGACGAUCAUACUACACGUUCAACUGUUAUUCUUGGUAGCAAACCAAUUAUUUUACAUUGGACUAUACGUGUAUGUGGACAAAAUAUGUGAUUUCUUUCAAAAAGAGUACACAUUGUGUACUUUUGAGUCACACAACUAACUUAUAUUUUUCAACAUCACUUUUAGAGUGUUCCCCUUCAAACGUGGACUCAUAAGCGGUUUGGCUCCGAUCCCGCAUUACAGGUAAAGUCAGUUGGAGAUAUGACAAGCAUUUAGCCACAUUAAAAAUCUCGUUGUCGAUCUCCAUGUGUUUCUUGAACGACCUGACAGUGGGAAGAAUAUACUACUGAUCAGCUUCCAAAGAAGGACAUAUCUAUCUUUCCGGUGGGAUUACUCUUGGUAUUGUUCGUUUGUUGCUAGCAAGCUUACUCGUGGACUUCUUGACAGUUUGCUUUUUGUUUCAAAAUAAGUAAAAAAGAAAAAAGGAAAGGCGGCAGUUUUGCAACAGAGUUACAAAAAUCCUGUAUGGAAGAAACUCUUUUAGUGGAAAUGACUUAACCUUGCGCAGGACCAGUCUGUAACUCAUUUUUUUUCUUCCUUCUUAGCUCCUACCCCAUUGGAGUGGUGCUGUAGGUUUGUCAACUGUUCAGCCAAUAAUUCCUGAGAACCUGCAAGGAAUGGACAACCCAAGGUAUGAUGAAAAUUUUUUUAAGGAUAUAAGCUCGAAUCCUAUUUGGUGCUCUUGAACCGCUCUUUUUCAGAAUGCCAGUGAAUGACUGACAUUACAUCACCUUCUACUUUCCGAGCAAUAAUGAAAAAGUAACUGGGCUGCUUUUUGUCCGAAUCCAUUGACUUAGAAUUUUAAAGAAAAGCACUUAAAUCAUGAAUUACUUUCGAGUCUCAUUUGAGAUUUCUUCUAGCAUAUCUGAAAGUGGUAAGUAGUUUUACUAAUUGGUGUUAUAUUUUAGUCGACCAAUGAACCCACCUCCUGUUGGUGCAUGGCGGGGCUCUGAUGACAAUGGUUAUAUAUCAGCUGAACCCAGCCCUGGCAUCUAUCACUUGGUAAGUACUGCAUAGUUUGACAUCUGUUGAAAUGCAACAAACAAUAAGGAUAAUUUUUUCCCUUCAAUUUGAAGAGAUCUUUCAAGAAAUGCAGCUUCUUAUACGUUUCCAUCUUUUCUUGAUGCAGAACAGUCUUUCUGAGAUUAAAAAAAAGGUUUAAAAAAUGAAAAAUUCCGGCGAUUCAUAUAGGGGCAUGAACUUCAACCCUAACGAUUCACUAGAUCAAUGUCAAUAUUGGAGCAACCAUACACCUACCCCUCCCCCUAGCCCAACAAUGGUCAACUGACAACAAGUUUAGGUUAAUUUUGGGUAAGGGGAGGGGAGGGGAGGGGUAGGUGUGUAGUUGCUCAGAUAAUGACGUUGAUGCGAUUCACUCAGAUGUAACAUGGACAUCAUUACUAACAGUUCGUUUGUUUCAACAGGAUGGUGAUACAUUUGAACGUCCUCGUGAGGUUAGUAUAAAUUGCGAAAUAGGUGUUUGAUCAUGAGGAAAUAACUGAGCAACAUGAUACUGACUGACGACAGAUGAGUGAAGUAACUAUUAAACCUGUGGAUGAUUAAUAAAACAAUGAUUUUCCCAGGAAAACUAGAGUUGAAGCUAUUGUACAAAGCAUAGCUCCAAAAAUGAUUGCUGGCUUCCAAUGAAUUUGAACCUGUUCCUCCCAGAUACUAAUUGGUUGCUGCAACCAACUGGGCUACCAAGCGAACUGUUGAGAGCCUGAUCCCAACCCUCCUUAAUGGAAUUGAAAAGCUGAUACAUUUGUAGUAAAUCAUUACACCUUGGGUGGUGUCAAGUUUCGUAACUUACCCUCAUUGGUAAACUUCAUCCAAGCAUUUGAUUUAAUCGAGGUUUAUCGGUCAUUAUCUAUUUAUCACCUUACAGAAAGCUACAUUCAGUAAACAAUAAGUAAGUCCUAAAAUAUUGAAUUGCUCAUAAGAAAAUGUCUGCAAAGGUAGUUGAUCAGCAGCUGUUUCCCCCAUUAGACAUUCUGUAUUCAUUUUAAACUAAUUCUGUUCCGUUUGUGUUUUCCUUUUGUAGCCUCGUCAUGUAAUCAGUCACGAGUGGUCGCGACCUGCGGGUUCUGUAUUGUUUUCUGUAAUGCCCGUGAUGCAGCAACCAGUCGCGCCGCCACCGGUUUGGAGUGGACCUCACAUUCCAGCAGGUUUGUUACCAUGGCAGCUGUCAUCAAAUACGUUUCAAAAUGGCCCGAACGCCCACGUACCAAUAGGACUGUCCAGCGCGCAUGUUCCACUAAGACGUACGGUGUCCUCUCCGGGAAGGCGAAGGGUCAGUGAAAGGACAUUUCUGUUCGGGGAGUUCAACCAAGUGUCGAGCCCUCUGGGAUUUGUUCGCCAGGAAAGCGAGCCCUCUGGUGCAGUAGCUAAGCAGACCUCCUCUCCCAUUGAAAUCCCAGACUCUCCCUCAUCUCCGAGCGUAAUUACAGUUUCAAGUUCGAGCGAUGAAAUGGAACCGAAUUCCCUGGAUACCAACAAGACUGACAUUAACUCGCAAGAGAUAGAGGAUGAUGUCGACGAUGAUGACGUUGAAGACGAGGACCCCGAGCGGUGUGACGUCACGGAGCACGAUGAUCACUGUGACGGGUUCGGUGAUGACGAAGAAGAAGAUGACGACGAUUGCAUUGUGACGUCAUCGUUUUCCCUCGGAAGUGCAAGUCCCGGAUUGAACGAGUCCAUGGAUCACGCCCAUAGUAAUACUGCGUAUGCUAGCGGUGUUGCUAAUGAGGAAAUGGUGUCCUCUACCACCGCGUAUGAAAACAUUCGAGACAUUGAGCAUCAAAAUGAGCAUUUAAGAAACUUCAAUGAUCAUCGCAACAGAAAAGACAGUGCAAUGAUAUACUGCUCUGAUACUGAAAGUGCGGACGAGAAAGGAGAAAUUACGGAAGCUUCGGGCAAUUAUGGCUUGAUAGCCAACAUUGGAAACUCCUUAGAUGGACGGUUGCAUCAUGGGGGAUUUCCAUCCUUCCUCGGUGGUGAUUCAAUGCGGGGUGCAUCAUCAUCGCAUCUCUUUGAGCCUGGGGCACCUCAUCGUAGUCCAACCAAAGUGACUCGUCCCAGCUCCCUUGGCGUCAUUCCUCAUUACGGUCAACACGUUGGACCUACUUACAUCUCGCCAACACGACCCUACCCCCCUUCACAAACUCUACUCCUCCCGGGAAGUGAACCUCGCUGCUGUGCCAACGAUUCUUUCCAGGACACGAAUUCAUUAGUAAUCCUACCACCUUCGCAUGCGCAAUUUGUGUCACAACCGCUGUACACAGGUGUUGCAAGAAUCUCUACUGCUGGCCCAGUUUCAGGUCACGUACCAUACUCUUAUGUUACUUCGGCGGGUGGUGCUGGACCAUCGUUUGUGAACGCAGGCCUCCAGCAAAGGCAAGUUCUUUCACGAGGAAGCUGUCCAGCACCAGUGCAGCCUAGCCUUGCUAUAACAGGCGUAGGCUACCAAGCACCACCCUCUUUUGUCAAUCAAAGGUACCAAACGCCAGUGGUAGGUGCUGUGAAGACUUUUAAUGUUGUGCCUAGCGGUGCUUAUAACGCUUACGGCAGAUAUGUUUUAAAUUCGAGCCCGACAAAACAACGGGUGUUUUAUCCUUGAUUCCACACAAUCGAUGUUUUUGAUCAGACCAUAAAAUUGUAAAGAUUACAGAAAAAUACACAUCGAAGAUAAAAAGAAAAAGAAAAUAAUUUUGUAACCGUUGCCAAAGAGCAGUGAAAUUUCAUUUCUCUGUUCAGGUGUUAGGAGUAGUGUGGAAUAUGGGGGACAAAGCAGUACUAUAUGAAUGCAAAAAAAUCUCAGCAGCGAGUUUGAUUUUUAACUUAUUGAUGUAUGCUAUCGAAGGUUAUAAAUAAGUGUUUUAUUUUAAAACCAAGUGUGCUUAUUAAUUUAUGAUGUUAAGAGGGGUGACGUUUUUGUCGUAGAAUAGUUAUAAAAUAACUACGGCUACUAGAUUCUGAGCUUUUCAAUGUAUAUUAGUAUUUUAAAUCAUGCGAUAUUAAGCAGGUAAGAUAUUUAUAUUAUGCGCAAGAGGGUAUGUACUUUUAAAUCGAUAUUUCCGCCAUAUGAGUGUAACUGAAAUAACACGGUUAAAAUUAUUGAAUUAAUGCUGGUAAGCAUGGUGAACAGCCUAAUAUUGUGGCUGAAUAGAAAACGUGGAACCUUGAAUUAUGAUUAGAGCUCAGACAAUUUGAAAUACUUUUAUUGCUUUUUCAAGAUGAGUGAUGAUUUUGACAUAUUCAGAAUUGGGUGGUCAAUUAGCAGCACCAUAUUCCAUGCAGUGGUUUUUAAAGAGAGUCAAACCCAAACUUGGAAUAUACCUUAAAAUAUGUUAACUGAUUUGAUUGCUUACCUUUUAAUUCUCCCAAAAUGCGACUGCCAUUGGCAAAUUCUUUAUUUCAUCAAUGUUCCCUGUGGAGUAAAUUUGCCGAUACUGUGAGGUGCGAUUUGACGUUUCAGUCAUUCAAAAAUGGGCGAUCGAAGCCCAGUAGAAGUGUUGCCUCAGCGAAGUUUGAGUGCCAACUUGAUCUGAGAGAAGGAGAAAGUUUAAUUUUUCAAUUUCAAGCUUUGAUUCGUAUAGUGUUUCCAAUUGGUAUUGUUCAAAGAUACAUUCUUUGACUUUUCUAGUGUUGAGAAGUGAUGGCACAGUUUGAGAAUAACAUCUUAAUUAUGCGAAUCAAAUUAUAAAUAUAACAUAAUUUUGAGUUGUUAGGGCAGUGUUGGAGCAAGUACUUUGUUCUUCAUAAGAAUUGCAUGUAAUUUCAAGAAUAUUAUUUGUCUUGUUUUUAUUGAGGUAACUCGGUUGAUAAAUGUACUCACGUUUUCAGAUGUGUGGGGUGUAAUUAUCAAAAAGCCAUUACAAUUCGCGUUGGUUGGUAGUAUUGCUAGAGUCAGAAUAUUAUAGUAUUAAUACCAUCAAAACAAUUAGUUCACUGUUUCCCAAUGCCUUAAACAGAACAGCUUCUCGUCAGUAGAUAUUUUUUCAAAGAAAUUCCUUCAUAUUUUAAGACAGUAAUUAUUAUAAACGAUACAAAAAGCAUCGUAUAUUCGAUCCUUGUCAAAGCUCAGCGUUUUUUGCAGAAAUUUAACCUUAUACAAACAAUCUUGCCACGAGUUUUUAUGAAGUAAUGUUUCUAACUUUGGGAAGUUGACUCUAAUGGGAUGGGUAUUGAUAUUAAAAGAUUAUCUUAAUGUUAUUUAUAAGCAAUACCUUAAUUAUCUACGCAGAUUCAACCUGAAGGCUCGGUCACAAGGGACCUUUGAUUUAGUCUUUUCAAUCAGAUAUUGCCUUUUAUAAAUUUUUUCUUCCUUUAGGAAGUCUUAUCCGUGACAGAGCUCUUGAAGUGACAAUUUGUGUGUAGCAAGUGUAAAAAGUAUAUUUUAUUCAAUACUGGUGAUAAAUCACGAGGAGUCUUGGUACGACUGUUUUAUUAAUGGUGUUCUUUGUAAAUACAGAGCAUUGAUUGAUUUGGAGGCCGUUGAUGAAGGCCGAAAAUGUUCAAUAAACUUAUUUUUUAUUGGUGGG